AAACACUUCACCUGAGCGGGGGCAAAGGCCUCAUUUCUCCUUCCGGAAGCUCAACUGAAGCUUCGAAACCCUCCAUCGCCCUAGCCUGGCAAUUACCAAUUCCUCAAUUUCUCCCUAAUAGCUCCAGCCAUGGUGAACUGGACGCGAUUCUUCGAUUGGAACGAUCGUGACCACUCACACACUCUCCACGAUGAGCUCUCCCGCCUCCUUCCGUCCCAUCGUGAGGAGACGAUCCCUUCAGCCAUCCCCGCCAAGCAAGUCACAUUCACAGCCCUGCGCUUGAAGUACCAGCUUGAGCAAGUGAUUCCCUGCGAACUGCCCGAAGAACGCAUCACCGCGCCCCAUUCCGAUGUCAUCACUCCAGCAGUCAUCAAGACUGCCAAGUCUGCAGGAAAGGUCUCCGGAAGCGACGAAGACCACGGAGCAUGUGUCGUCUACUGCCUGCUUAUGGUCAAGCAUUGGUUCAAGCGACAGGCACUGCUUGAGCUUUGGGAUGCAGAUCUGCAUGAACUUCGAGCGACAGCAUGCGAGGUUCUGGCCAAACACAUCAUUGAAGACGAGGAUGACCUGAACUACCUCAUGCAAGAAGUCCUGCUCAAGCGAUAUGCAAUUCUAGUCGAUGGCGAGGACACUAAGCCUGCCAAUGCUAUAGAAAAGGCUGUAGACUUGCAUGCCGUUAGAGUCAUAGGCAGUUCAGGCUAUCAAAAGUGCGUCAAUCAUCUCUGGAGAGGAUGGUUGGUGCAAGAUGAGGACGAUCCGAGCAGCAGGUUCAUCGACUACAAGCUGAAAACUUCGACGAAUUACUGGGACCACUUCGAUCCAGAUCGAAUGCGAGUACCACAGUAUCAGAAUGCUUUGCAGGUCCUCAUCUCCCUCGUCUUUCUCGGCCUAUACACUGGUGCAAUUAAUACCAUCAACGCCGGAGGAGAGCUCGAUGUUGUUGAAGGUCUUCUCUACAUCUUCACCGCCGGCUUUAUUUGCGACGAGACAUCCAAGUUCCUCAAGAUUGGUCGGUUUUAUUUUGGCUUCUGGAAUAUCUUCAACACCACCCUAUACGCACUCUUGGCUGUAUCCUUCGUCCUGCGCAUGGUCGCUCUAGGACACGAGUGGCAGUCGCCUCGUAGGUAUCGCCUGAACGAGCUGUCCUACGACUUCUUGGCUUUCUCCGCUCCAAUGUUCUGGAUGCGCCUCAUGCUCUACCUCGACAGUUUCCGCUUCUUUGGUGCAAUGCUCGUUGUGCUAAAGGUCAUGAUGAAGGAGUCGCUUAUCUUCUUUGCGCUCCUGUUCAUCGUGCUGGUAGGCUUCUUUCAGGGGUUUAUAGGUAUGGACCAAGUCGACAAGCAGAUCACAGCUUCCCAGUUCAUCUUUAAGGCGAUGCUCAACGCCAUUAUGGGAGAUCCCGACUUCGACAACUGGGACAACUUCGCGCCUCCCUUCGGACUAAUCCUCUACUACAUUUACAACUUCGUUAUCAUCGUCAUCUUGCUGAAUGUCCUCAUUGCGCUCUAUAACUCGGCGUACGAAGACAUCACAGGCAAUGCGACUGAUGAAUAUCUUGCACUUUUCGCGCAGAAGACUAUGCAGUUCACGCGAGCACCGGAUGAGAACGUGUUCAUCGCGCCCUUCAACCUCAUCGAGAUUUUCUGCUUGAUACUCCCCUUUGAAUGGUGGAUGCCGAAAGUACGUUACGAAAUGCUGAAUGACAUUGUGAUGGGCGUGAUCUAUUCACCCUUGCUUGCCAUCACUGCGCUUCUCGAAACACGAACGGCACGAAAAGUCAAAUUCAACAGAUCCCGGCAAGAGUCUGACGAUGAUACGAUCGAGGAAUGGGAGCAGCUUGAAGGCGAACUCGAUAUUGAGGGAAGUGGAUGGAGCAAGCGAGUGGAAGAUUCCUGCCCGAACGUGGUGGUGGAUGGCACGCUGCUGGCUGUAAGGCAGUUGGCCGAAGAGCUCAAGGAGGUCAAACAGCUACUUCGCGAGCUCACGCCUGGUCCUGAAUCAGAGUCCAAGAAGCUUGCAGAUGGUCCCUCAACAGAACUGUCUAAGCUUGAUCCCUGA